CCACUUCCUAACGCUCGUUUAGGUGCACCCGUCAAAAAAGGUCGUUUGAACCCUUCAUCCAUCCACACCUCAUUUGAGCAACAUGGCUUCUGCUGAUCCCAUUGAGAUUUGCCUGCGCGUUACCGGCGGUGAGGUCGGUGCUGCUGCUGCCCUGGCCCCCAAGGUCGGUCCCCUCGGUCUGUCGCCCAAGCGCGUCGGUGAGGACAUCGCCAAGGCCACCGGCGACUGGAAGGGUCUCCGCGUCACCGUCAAGCUGACCGUCAUCAACCGCAAGGCCACCGUGUCUGUUGUUCCGUCGGCUGCCGCCCUUAUCAUCCGCGCCCUCGACGAGCCGAUCCGUGACCGCAAGAAGGAGGAGAUCAAGCACGAUGGUGACCUCUCGCUCGAUGCCAUCAUGGACAUUGCCCGCCAGAUGCGCCACCGCUCGCUCGCCCGCCAGUUCUCCGGCACUGUCAAGGAGAUCCUCGGCACCGCCGUCUCUGUCGGCUGCACCGUUGACGGUGAGGACCCGCGUGACAUCCAGGCCGCCAUCGACUCUGGCGAGAUCGAGAUCCCCGAGGAGUAAGCUCCGGCUAGUGUCGGCGGUUGCCGCUCGCCUGUCGGCCCCGUCCAGGCGUUUGACUACGACUGCGCUCGGGUGUCCGGCUCGAUGAUGUAAACAGUUGGCAUAUUCUCA